CAGCAAUUUGCAGCAAUGUACAACUUCGAAAUCCGUUGCAAAAUCUCGGGCCUAGAAUGUGAGGCCAGCUCAUAGGCAACGAUCAUAUCGUGUUAAACUAUGAUACUGAUACGAAUGCUCGAAAGAGGCGUAAUAAGGAGAUGUGUUCUGAUAUUUGGAAGAAUCAUCACCCAUGCCCUGAGACAGCACCACAACAGCCAAAUAAAGUGCCAAAGGGGUCAACGUAUGGCGUUGGGAGUUUUCCUCCCAACAGAUAUAAUCCAAAUGGUUUAGUUAUGGGCCAGGCGGGUUAUAAUGCGAUUGCAGGUGCGACUGGUGGAAACUCUAGCAUGAUCUAGACGUGCGAUGAAUGGCCUCCAGCACUGUGAGUACUUGUGAAUAUGCUUAGACCCCGAUAGCCCUGGGUUUUCUGUGAAUGAUUUGGGAAUUAUAAAUUGUGUUAUAUCAACCCUUCUAAAUUCCUUUUUUUUUUGAGUGAAAGGCUACAUAGGUUCCAGGCUAACAACUGCACAGUACGGUAGAAGGGGGUAUAGCAGGUGGUGCGACAACCUACUGUGCACCAGCAAAUGGGAAAUGUAGUACCAAUACCGUUGUAGUGGGUACGCGAUCUGAGCAAAACUUUCAGUCAGAUGCUCACAGCACUCUUCGGCUGCGUGUAUCGGGACAAAAUAAUCCCAGUGGCACGUGGGAGUUCCAUUUCAAAACACUUUGGAACGAUGACCGAUUUGCACCCGCUACCGCUAUUGAGUGGUAUAGUGACCCGAACACUGCCAUUGUAGAUACAUGGUCGAAACGACGGAUUCCGGGACCAUCACACUUCAUGGUUGAUGAGAUAUAUGGCAAUGGAACUAUAAAAACCACAGGAUAUAAAUUGACAAAACAAGAAAUAAGUCGGUCAAUUAUCCCUAUUUCUAUUUGAUCUUUGAGAUUGACACGGGUUCCAGAGAUAUAGCAUUAUAAAAAGAAGAGAUGAAAGCAAAAAAGCUCUUAUCUUAGAACAAGGCACUGGAGAACAUCCACCAGCUAAGCAAAUUUUUGAUAUGCUUCCAGACGCUCCAGUACAUCCUAUAAUUGAGAUCACAAGAUCUUACAUUCGGGAACAAGCUUUGGAGUAUUUAAGAGCAUCUGAGGCAUACCUAAAUCAAACAUUGCAGGCAGUAGGAGCUGCGAUGAGUUCCUCCAAUGCAUUUUGGUCGCGCAAGCGAAAUCGAGAGAGUUUGCGAGAUCAAGAUAAUAAAGGAGUUAAAAAGAUCAGUACACCUCGAUUAGUAAAUCGUCAAACUGGUGCUGGAUCAUGUAGUAUCGGAAGUCCUUGUUCGGAUGGAAGUUGUUGUAACGCCGAAGGCAAAUGUGGAUAUGGCCCAGAUAAUUGUGGCGAUGGUUGUAUCUAUAAUUGUAAGUUUGCUGCAACGCAAUGAACGAACUUGCGUACAAAGUAAGGUGGAACUGACCAGAGAAUAACCAGGUAAUGCAACUGCUGCCUGCGGACAGGACGGUGCUGGAGGUUCAGUAAAGUGUCCACUUGAUGUUUGUUGUAGUUAUUAUGGCUUCUGUGGUGUAAGCAUACCCUUUUGUUCAGAUCAACGAUAUUUUGACGUUUAAUAAUACUUAGGUCGAAUCCGAUUUUUGCAAUUCCCCUAACCCAAUCCAGCCAUGUCAAACUGGGUUUGGAUCAUGCCAACAAAUAGCAGCGCCUACUUGUGGAGGCAACUCUGCAAGUGGUCGCACGAUUGCUUACUAUCAGAUUGGGAAUGUUCGUAAUCGUGAGUGCAACAGAGUUACUCCUGCGCAAAUAGAUACUACCGGCUUCACUCAUCUUGUCUUGGCAUUUGCGAGCAUAAACCCUUUCACAUUUGAGGUAAUUCCUGGAGCUGCCGCCGACGUUGCUAUCUAUCCUGAUUUUACUGGUCUCCAGUCAAAAGAACUACAGACAUGGGUGGCAAUCGGUGGAUGGGAUUUCAAUAAUCCUGGUCCAACACAAACGGUCUGGGGCAAUAUAGCGUCCUCAGCCGCUAAUACUGCCAUAUUUAUAAGUUCUCUUAAGAGCUUCAUGAUGAAGUACAAAUUUCAAGGAGUCAACAUUGAUUGGGAAUAGUGAGUCCUAAUGUCCUUUUUGUGAUCAAGCAACAUCUGACAUCUUUGCAGCCCAGGCGCUCCAGAUCGCGGUGGCAAGGCAGAAGAUACCGAAAGUUUCGUUAAUCUGCUUAAGCAGAUGCGUGCCUCUUUCGGAACACAAUUUGGAAUCAGUGCCACUCUUCCUGCAAGUUACUGGUAUCUCCGCUGGUUUGAUCCAAUAGCCAUGCAACCUUACGUCGAUUUCUUUGGACUCAUGACAUAUGAUCUUCAUGGACCAUGGGAUGCCUCAGUGUCAGCUAUGGGCAAACCCGUCAUAGGUCAGACCAACAUACCAGAGAUAUACAAUUGGACACUGCCACUUUGGUACAAUGGCUUGGAUCCAUCCAAGAUCAACAUGGGUUUGGCGUACUAUGGUAGGGGAUACACCUUGGCAGACUCCAGCUGCAAUCACAUUGGGUGCAAGUGGUCUGAACCGAGCUUGCCAGGUCCAUGCACUAAUUUUGGGGGUGUCAUGUCGCUACAAGAGAUCAACAAUAUCAUCAUUCCUCAACUUGGGGUUCAGCCAACUCUACUUGCAGAUGAUAUGAUGAAUCAAUUGACUUGGGGAAAUCAAUAGAUGGGUUAUGAUGAUAUGGAAACGAUCGCGAUGAAAAGAACUUGGGCCAGUCAACAUUGCUUUGGCGGAACGAUGAUCUAGAGCAUUGACUUGUUCUCUGGGGCGGGGAGUGGAAAUGUUCUAGACGGAUUAGGCUCUGGUGGUGGCGAUCCAGGUUCAGAAGGAGGACAAAAUGGUGGAGGAGACUCGGGAAUUGGCGCCGGCUCAUUUGUCUAUAUUGAUCCAAGCAUUUGGACUCAAUCAAUCCAGUCAUCAAUUGCCAGCCACCAUGCACGUUUGUACUGCCUCCCAUGGUGUUGUCAAAUUCAACGACUAUCACCUUCCCACCAUAUACAACUUCGUUAGAAGUGGCUUGGUCAGAAUCCGGGAAGUUAACAACUACUAUUCGGACCACUAUUCUCACCAUACCUCCAGUUACAACAACAGAGAUAGAGGUAUGGGCUUAUUCUGUGACGAAUUCCAACAAUGCAUCAACCAUCACAUCUCCAUUCUAUGUUACCAGUAGUGUCAGACCGCCGCCAUUCACAAUUACUGAUGAUCCAAACCCUGAAAGUUCACCCGGAGUAACGCAUGCUCCUGUAACUCGCACAAUAACACCACCUCCAUAUCCUUACACAUUCACAACACAAAACGCGGAGACCACCUCAUCAAAAACAACAACUCCUGUUGCUGCAAUUUUUCCAAUUGUGACGUUUAAGCCAGGUAAGCCUGGGCCGAUAUGUAAGUCUGGCUGUGGGUCUAAAUGUCUCAUUUUCUGCGACCACCCUUGUCUUCUGGACUGCAGCAAUGGGGGGCAAGACUUUCCUGACCCUUUGGACCCUAGUCCAAGCCCUAAACCUACUCCAAAACCGAUAGAUGAUCCUUUACCACCAGGAAAACAAGAUCCAGGUCCUACUGGCGAUCCUAACGAGGAUGACCCGGAGGAUCCCGACAAAGAAGAAGAGGACGAUAAGUGUGCUUUGGAAUUAUGCCUUCCAGUACCAACUUAUGAUAGGCCGAUUGGCAAGCCAUCAGCAACGACGUCUGUUGCUUCUCCUCCUCCUCCACCGUAUAGUAAGCCACCUACGCCACCUGCCAAACCAUCGCCGAAUCCUUCAACGGAGAAAGUGCAUUGCUACAAUUCAGGUGCAAUAGUAGGUCGUGGGGACAUGAUAAAUGCUAUCAAUGACUUUUGUGGCAAGUAUGAGGGCACAGUACUCGAUGCCACUGCAUCUAAUUCCCUCCACACAGCUGCUGACUGGAGUGGUGCGGUUUGUGUUGAUAAUUCCUGUUUCGAUUAUAUUUCCGUGUCGGUGACUGUAAUCAAUGGUUGUGCCUUUACCAUUGAUGGUUCUAGUCCGAGCAAUCAGUGUGGCAGAAUAUUGAGACGAGCUACAGAUGAAUGCGAUCAGAGUAGCACUCGAUUUAAACAAGGGGGAACGAUAACGAGUAAUUGUGCGACGUGGCUGAUUGAUCCAAACAUUUGGUGGGAUUGAACUUGGCCAGAGCAUUCCCCCCGUAACCCACCUCCAUCACCACCCUUACCAUCCUCCCUACCACUUCACUGUGUUGAAUUAGAUCCUACU